UCUUGCCAGAAUCGUGGCCAUGGCGACGUCGGCAGAUGUGAAACGACUUUUUGGGAAGUUCGCAGACCAUCGUGGCCUGGUGGAACGUGCCUGGCUGCUGCGGGUGGUUUGUGGAGUGGCACCAAUGCUUUCUGCGAGACAGGUAGAGAUCCUGUUUUCCAAGCUCUUGGGCACUGCUCCUUCAAUCGAGUAUGAUGUUUUCGUCGAUGCCAUAUUCGCACAAAGGUGUCAGCAGGCUGAUCCAGGUCCAGAGACGAAGUUGCCAUCGGAGGUGAUUCUACGCGCCGUCACCACACGCAGUGACUGGCAGCUGCCAUUGGCCUUGGCGCCUCUGCGGGAACAGCUGGAAGUGCUGGGAGCCAAGGCUCCAGUGUCUGUCAUCAUGGAGAUGGGCUCCGAGGCGUACAUUGCAGUUUGCAAUGCCGAACUGAAGGAGCUGUGCCGUGCUGCAUCUGUGGAUCGCCUUUUGCAGGAGCUCAAAUCCUGGAAACGCAUUCCAGACGCUGAAACACGACGUGAAAUAUGUGAAAUAUGUGAAAUACGACGCUGAAAUACGCUGAACCAAUUUAAGUCAAUCCAGUGGCAACAAUUGUAGAACUGGAGUGCUGGUGCAGAUUGGCAUGGAAUCAUGGAGAUGUUUGGAUGACAUUGUUUAAUCAACCAGCUAAGAGUCAACCUCUUGUUCGGUUGCCAGCCUGCCCACCGGCAGCAAUCAGCAAUCUGUGAUAGUGCCUAGUUGGGCCGAAGUCUUGCCUCCAGAUGAUGUUGGAACUUGGAACAUAAAGCUACAAGUAGCGCUGCAAAACAUGUGCAGAACUGAUCCAAGCGUUGGCCUUAUUCCACUGAUUCUCCGAAGAAACUCAUGGAUAUGCUUUCACCACUGUGAGACAUAAGGUGAUAAGAUGAAGGAUUCGGAUGUGGUGGAUUUUAUAACGGUAGAUUGGUAGAUUUUGAACACACCGUGGAAUGCAACAGGUUUCAACUCCAGACGAUUCUCGCUUGGCAGCCUGUGAAUUGAAGCAUAAUGAAGCAUAUAUGUAUGCAUAUGUUGCAAACAUUUGCAAAGUAUAUUCUCUCUAAUUCCUGACCAAAGUGCCUU